UCCAAAAAAGUGCAUGAGCUGUAUGUAACACAAGUAGUGUGUGAUAUAUAAUUUACUGAUUUUUGAUAUUCCGCCAAUAGUUCCCAAUGUCAUAACAAUUAUUUCAUGAACGGUUUUUGACAGCCUAUGGCAAGUGCAAAGGACAUCAUUGAUGACUUUACAGAAGAGAAAGUCACUCUUGGCAAUCUCAUUAAUGAAGUAUCAGAAUUUCUAUACGACGAAAUGCUGUCUUUACCAGUUUUGAAGAAAUUGGGGAUACGUCAAACUAGUUUCUGGAUGAAGAAGGCUGAUUUUGAUAAAGUCAAAGAAAAUUUAGAACGACAACCUAUGUUGUUGGUCGCAGGAAGCACAUCCUCUGGAAAGAGCACAUUUGUCAAUGCUCUCCUGGGGCAACAAGUUCUGCCAACAUCCUACAAUGCAGCAACUUCUACACUUUGCGAAGUCAAAUAUGGAGAUUGCAAAAUUGCCAAAGUGCAUUUUUCAAAAGAAGGACUGACUACAAAAGAAUAUGAUCUCACGGACUGUGACCAGACUAAAGAGCUAUGGCGGUUUCUCAUCGUGGGGUACCUGACCAAGCUACAGCAUGUUCUAAAGCAGAGAUCUUCUGGCCUUUUGAAUUCUUAAAGGUAAAAAGUGACAUCAUAUAUUCAUUGAUGUUACAAAAUGAUUGUAAAACUGUUGUAUGUUGUCACUUUCACUAUUUUUGCCAUAAGAUAUGCAGUAUGUUGAGCGAACGUUUCAAAUGAGAACUUACCAAGUGGCUACUUGUAGUGACAUUAAUGACCUUGGCGACUUUGGUGAAUGAUAUUCAUGAAUGUUACAGUUGUGCAUUGAUUGACAGUCCUGGAGUAACAGAGUCAGAAGGUACCGACAAUGCUGCUCGACUGAUUACUGAAGAGUGUCAACAAAGUCAAGCGUGUGGGUACAUUUAUAUACUGGAUGCAAGUCAACUUGCUGAAGAAGCUGCACAGGCCGGUGGUUUACUCAUGGCAAUAAUUAAAAGCAUGAAGGUUCGUCCUGUGCCUGGAUCAGCUCUAUUCGUGGCAAAUAAGUGGGACAAGCUUCAGGAAGAGGAAGAGAUUAGAAAAGGAGCUAUUAAAAAAUACCUCGACAUUGUGGAAGAGCGUUUGUCUAAGCGAUGGAGAGGAUUUGAUCGUCGUCAGCAGCUGGUGACAUUGAAUGCUAGAAUAGCAGCCAGAGUUCAAGAACUAGAAGAGACCACUGAAGACAUGAAAGGAGCAUGUGACAAGAUGCUAUGUAUGUUGUCUAAAGGAAUGGUCAACAUGCUGAGAAAGACAUCACAGAAUGUAUACAAUUUGUUGGCAGAGUUGGAGCGAAUAGUUGAGAACUACUUGCGGUGUUCCAAAAUGGAUCAAAGUAGCAGAUCCAAGAAGAUCAAAAGUGACAAAGAAUGCUUAGAAGAGUUAGCAAGAGUCACUAGUAAUGAGGCGAUUAAAGGGGAAAUAAGAGACAAAGUUGAAGGUCUUAUUCCCCGACUCCACGAACAUGUUUCAAAAUUACAACACGAGAAAGCAUGGAAUUCUAUCACUGAUGUUACCCAGAAAAAUCAGCAAGAAAUUGGCUCUGCAUCAUCUCAUCUUUUGGCAGAACGGGUGAAAUCUAUUUAUCUCAAGAUCAUAUGUGACUAUGAAGGUUACAAAGAAAUCUGUAGGUGGGCACAAUGUGAACUUGCUGACAAAGUAGAACCUGCUGUAGUCAAUUUUAAUAUGCUGAAGAGUGACAUCGGUGGUUCUGAUACUGCAGAUGCUAUGCAGCUGCUGUCCAAGCUUCGUCUAGAAUGUGAUGAUGACGUUUGCAGAACCAAUGUGUUGCCCAGUUUAAAAGAUCAGGAAUACUUUUGUUUAGAUGCUGCUGAAUUACAACAGCAACAAUUUAGCAAUCUUUUUGAAAAGCUUCACAGAAAUGUAGUGGCCAAAGAUUGUAAACUCCUCAAAGACUUGUCAAUGCAUUGUUGAAUGGAACGAGUCCACAAGUCAAGUAAUUCAAAAGAACCUUCCCAAUCGAUUAGAUGAUUUAAAA